AUGGAUCUUGAUAUGGUUAACAUGUUUGUAAUAGCUGGAGGCACCCUAGCCAUCCCAAUUCUGGCAUUUAUUGCAUCGUUUCUUCUUUGGCCAUCAGCACUCAUAAGAAUCUAUUAUUGGUACUGGCGUAGGACACUGGGCAUGCAAGUUAGAUAUGUUAAUCAUGAGGACUAUCAGUUCUGUUAUUCUUAUCGGGGCAGGCCUGGAAACAAACCUUCCAUCUUAAUGCUGCAUGGCUUCUCGGCCCACAAAGAUAUGUGGCUCACUGUCAUCAAGUUCCUCCCCAAGAAUCUGCAUCUGAUCUGUGUGGACAUGCCUGGCCAUGAGGGUACCACCCGCUCAUCCCUAGAUGACUUCUCAAUAAGUGGACAAGUCAAGCGGAUACAUCAGUUUGUGGAAUGCCUUAAUCUGAACCGAAAGCCCUUUCACCUUGUUGGCACCUCCAUGGGUGGCCAUGUUGCGGGAGUGUAUGCUGCUUUCUACCCAUCUGACAUCUGCAGCCUGUCUCUUGUGUGUCCUGCAGGCCUGCAGUACACAACUGAUAACCAAUUUGUACAGCGACUAAAAGAACUACACAGGACAGCUGAUGUGGAGAAGAUUCCCUUAAUUCCAUCCACACCAGAGGAAAUGGCCGACAUGCUGAAACUUUGCUCAUAUGUUCGGUUCAGAGUGCCCCAGCAGAUUCUGCAGGGUCUUGUUGAUGUUCGCACCCCACAUAAUGAUUUCUAUCGAAAGUUGUUUUUGGAAAUAGUAAAUGAAAAGUCAAGAUACAUGCUCCAUGAAAACAUGGACAAGAUCGAAGUCCCAACUCAAGUCAUCUGGGGGAAGCAAGAUCAGGUCCUGGAUGUAUCUGGAGCAGACAUGUUAGCCAAUUCCAUCUGCAACUGUCAGGUGGAACUCUUGGAGAACUGCGGACAUUCUGUGGUCAUGGAACGUCCCAGGAAAACUGCCAAACUCAUUGUGGAGUUCUUAGCUUCUGUGCACAACACAGACAGCAGAAAGAAGCUAGAUUAAGCCCUCUGCGAUCUUGAGCACAUCCACCGCCACUACUUAAAUAGCAGAAAUCUGGCAUUUUGAUAAUUUCUCAGGGAUCCCAGCAGAUCAUGGUGAAAGUGCCAAAAGUCCCUGAGGAAAACAACCAUGCUUUAUUUGUUACCUAUAGUACUAAUGAAAGCCAGUGUCCUAAGAGACUCUGAUCUCAAAAGAUUUUAUAUAGGGCAGAGAAUAGUUUGCUGGCUUCAAAAUAGAAAGUGUAGUUAUGGAAUGCACUGAGAGCUCUUUGCAGCUCGUGGUGCAUGAACUUGUGCAAAGCCAGAUUUCAGUGGACUGUAGUUAUUGAUGAUUUUCUGUGAAAGGUGUUCUUUACAGAUGGAGACUUCAGAUAUUUCCCUUAUUUAGAGCUUAUUGCAUGAUAAAUUAUUGUUAUAAGAAAAUGAUUAUAAAGUUCUAGACAUUUAAAUGAAA